GCCCAAAGUCCCAUCGAAUCAGAUGCGGGCCAGGGAUAUCAGAACCAGCAUUGCUCGCCGGUCAGACUGACAGCCGCACUAUCCCACCACCCUCCACGGGCGGACCCGGGUCACGCAUCCUCCACUGUAGGGAAGUGCCACCAGCUCUAGACCCCUCUAACCGGCUGGGGCCUUUCUCGCUGGUACAUUAGCCGACGCCCCAGGGCGGGCGCUCCUCUGGCGCCAGGGGGCGCGCGGCUGCUCAGGGGACCAUCUGGCCUGCGGCGGCGGCAGCUCGACUGCUCCUAGGCGGGCCAGGUGAACCCCUGCGUUUCCCCCGCAACGUGCUGGUUGGUAUCGCUUGAGCUACUACUAUGGAGGUGCCGGUGGAUACCGGGCCUCGGCAAGCUGGCGGAGGUCUAGGCGUGACUAGGUCCACGUCCUCCGGCCGUGCAGCGCAGGCCUCGGCGAUACCCUGGGCGCGCUUCUCUGCUUGGCUGGAGUGUGUGUGCGUGGUCACCUUCGAUCUGGAGCUGGGCCAGGCGCUGGAGCUAGUCUAUCCGAGUGACUUCCGGCUCACAGAUAAGGAGAAAAGCAGCAUCUGCUACCUGUCCUUUCCAGACUCCCACUCAGGAUGCCUUGGAGACACUCAGUUCAGUUUCCGCAUGCGUCAAUGUGGAGGUCAGAAGAGCCUCUGGCAUGGUGACGACAGACCUUAUAACAGCAAGGCCCCCUUGGCACUGCAGAGAGAGCCAGCGCACUACCUGGGCUAUGUGUACUUCAGACAGGUGAAGGACAGCUCUAUGAAGAGGGGCUACUUCCAGAAGUCUUUAGUGCUGGUGUCCCGCCUGCCAUUUGUCCGGCUGUUUCAGUCACUCCUAAGCCUGAUCGCCCCUGAAUACUUUGAGAAGCUGGCACCCUGCCUGGAAGCAGUUUGUAAUGAAAUUGACCAAUGGCCAGCCCCCGUGCCUGGGCAGACCCUGAACCUACCUAUCAUGGGAGUCGUCAUUCAGGUGCGCAUCCCAUCCAGGGUGGACAAGCUGGAAUCCAGUCCACCGAAGCAGCAGUGUGACCAAGAGAACCUGCUGCCAGCUCCAGUCGUCCUCACUAGUGUCCAUGAACUGGAUCUGUUUAGGUGCUUCCGGCCAGUGCUCACUCAUGUGCAAACCCUGUGGGAGCUCAUGCUCCUUGGGGAGCCCCUAGUGGUCCUGGCACCCUCGCCUGAUGUGUCUUCAGAACUGGUGCUAGCCCUGACCAGCUGCCUACAGCCCCUGAAGUUCUGCUGUGACUUCCGCCCCUACUUCACCAUUCACGACAGUGAGUUCAAGGAGCUCACAACACGAACACAGGCUCCACCAAACGUGGUCCUAGGAGUCACAAACCCUUUCUUUAUCAAAACACUCCAGCACUGGCCUCAUGUCCUCCGAAUUGGGGAGCCCAAGAUGUCAGGGGACCUUCCUAAGCAAGUCAAGCUUAAAAAACCCUCGCGGCUGAAGACCCUCGACACCAAGCCAGGCCUCUACACCUCAUACACUGCCCAUCUCCACCGGGACAAAGCACUGCUUAAACGGCUGCUCAAGGGCGUCCAGAAGAAGAGGCCAUGGGACGCACAAAGUGCCCUGCUGAGGCGGCACCUCCUAGAACUCACACAGAGUUUCAUCAUUCCCCUGGAGCACUACAUGGCCAGCCUCAUGCCACUGCAGAAGAGCAUCACACCCUGGAAGAGCCCCCCCCAGAUCUGCCCCUUCCGCCAGGAUGAUUUCCUGCGUAGCCUGGAACACGCGGGACCCCAGCUCACCUGCAUCCUCAAGGGCGACUGGUUGGGCCUCUACAGGCGUUUUUUCAAGUCCCCCCAUUUUGAUGGCUGGUAUCGGCAGCGGCAUAAAGAGAUGGCCCAGAAGCUGGAGGCUCUACACCUGGAAGCUAUUUGUGAGGCGCAGAACAUUGAGGCCUGGAUGAAGGACAAGUCGGAGGUGGAAGUGGUGGACCUAGUCCUGAAACUUCGAGAAAAGCUGGUGCGGGCACAGGGCCACCAGCUCCCUGUGAAGGAGGUGACACUGCAGCGGGCUCAGCUGUACAUCGAUACAGUUAUUGGCUCCCUGCCCAAGGACCUACAAGCAGUCCUGUGCCCUCCCUAGGACAGAGCCAACUUGUGUGGUCCUGGAGGCCUAAGUCUGCCAAGUUCCCUCCUAUGAAGGCAGGCCUCCACCAAGCUGGGGGCUCCCAGCCUUGGGCUCCUACCUCAGCUUCAGCCCCCUCCCGGAACCACCUCUGUCCCAGCAGUAAAAAUGACAUUUGGAAUGACA